AUGGCUGUGGCACUGGUGUGGACCGUGGCCGUGCUGAGCCUCAUCCCCCUGGUCCAGGCUGAACCCUCAGCCUGUGAUCUUCCCGAGGCCCGGAUCCUAGACAACUCCACAAUGACCAAGUUGACAGGACAGUGGUUCCUCACGGCCGCCACCCUACAUGACUCCAAAUUCAGGGACGUGUUGAAGGGGGUCCAGACCUCCUCCAUGUUCCUGUAUCCUAGCCUGGCCAAUGAUAAAUUCCGUAUGAAGUUCUACAUCAGCAGCCGGGAAUUGGGUGCCCAGAAGAUGGAGUGGACAUGCUACCCGUGGCCUGCCUGCGAUGCCAACACAGGAAUGGACACCCCUUCUUCUGGCCUCAUCUCCUCCUCUAAUGGUGGCAUCUGUGUGCACAACCAGACCACCUUCUAUGUCAACCGAAGCAAGAGGACCUUGUUCCGGAAGACUCGGAACAGGACCCUGAGCCAAGAACAGCAGGAGGAAUUCCAAGCCCAAGCCUUGUGUGAAGGAUUCAGCAGAAAUGAAACCAUUUUCUUUCUGAGGGAGGAGGAUGUAUGCCAGCUGGUGGUCAGAAACGAGGAGCUGGAGGAAAAGGAAAAAAGGAAGGAAAAGAAAAAACAGGAAGAGCAGCCAGGUGUUCUCCCAAGCAUUUAG